AUGGCGCUUCUCCUACCGCUGCGGCAGGCGCGCGCGGCGCUGGGCGCUGGGCGCGGGCGGGCGCGCGGCAGCCUGGCGGCGGGGGGCGGCGGGUGCCGCGGCCGCGAGCUGCCGGAGUGCGCGCCGUGCCCGGCGGCGGCGGCGCCCGCGUGCCGCGCGACGCCCGCGUCGGCGCGCACGGCGCUGCGCGUCACGUGCUGCCCGCCGGCGCACGGCCAGCGCCCGCCCUGCCCGCCGCGCGCCCUCCCGCGCCCCCUCACCUGCCGCGACGCACUCGACCAGAAUUGUAAAUCAUCAAACCAAACGGCUCGCAUAGAUCCUGCUCAAGACACAUUACACGUUCGCCAAGUUGACGAAGACCCGGUUACCGUGAGACUGAAGCUCGCCAAGUGCGCGCAGCAAGCUGAGUACCAGCGGGAGGUUGAGGAGCGCGCGCGGCGCAGCCCUCCCCCUCCCCCGCGCGGCCUGUACCGCCUGCGCGACCAGAGCCAGUGCGCGCGCGCCACGGACGGCCACACGUACGCCGUGCUGCCGCCGGCGGGCGGGCCGGCCGCGCGCUGCGGGCCCGCCCGCCGCCCGCCACCGCCGCGCUGCGUGCAGCUGGCGCCCGACGACGCCUGCCGCAUCCGCCGCGACGCGUUCCUGGACCCCUGUGCGCACCGACCGCGCACUAUAGUCGACGUCGACCGCAGUGCCAGCGCUGAGCCAGCGCGGCCGCCCGCGCCGCGCGCCCCCGUCCCCAAGACUGGCGGCGCCCCUGCUCCGAGCUGGUGUGCCAAUCCACCCCCUCCGGCUGCUGUCCCGCCUCGGUGCCGCCGCCCAACAAUUGUGGAAAGACUUCGCUCUCGUCUUCCGGAAUCUUCCAGUGAUAGAAGAAUUCAUACAUCGACCACAUCCUCCAAAGCAGGCAAGUGUGCUAAGUCUACGACAGGUGGCUUGGAGAGUGUGCUCCGGUCUAAGCAACAGCUGAAAGCGGCUGGGCUCGGCCGGGUCGUUGUUGACAGUGAAGCAGGUUGCAAGGAGAAGAAGGCGACCGGCGGCAGGCUGGAGCUGAGCGUGCCGGCGGGUACGCAGCGCGUGGCCGUGCGGGUGUCGCUAGAGGGCGCCACCGGCGGCUCGUGCCAUGCAGUGCCCGACUCUGAGCUGUCUACAAUAUCAUGUACACCCGUACGCAAGGACAAUUCUACCUUCUGUGCUAAAGCCUCUACAACUUCUGUGAGACAAGAUUCUUGGCUUUCAAACAAAUUCAGCAAAAAAUAUCAAACGGAUGCGGUGAGGGCGCCCCCAGCCGCUCCACCAGCGGACGCCACCAGGCGCUGCUCCUCGACCUCCGCUCUCCUGGCAAACACUGUUGUUGUAAACUCUGUCUGA